AAAGAUAAACACGUAGCCAGACGAACAGGGGCGAGGAUAAUAAAUAUAAUAGAGAGGCUGCUGUGAAACCAUCGAAAUGAAGUAGCUGUUAAGAAUAUAAAGGUUAUAGCAAGCAAGGAGACAUCCGUCAGAUCGACCAAGGAGCAAGUCUUGCGCAGACAUCGAGUCGUAUCUGUAGCUGAGUCCAAAAUGGUGCGAGCAGCUUUGGUGACCGCCACCAGUCUGGCACUGACUGGGGCUGUGGUGGCACAUGCUUACUUCCUCAAACACCAGUUCUACCCGACUGUGGUCUACCUCACCAAGAGCAGCCCCAGCAUGGCGGUGUUGUACAUUCAGGCCUUUGUGCUGGUGUUUCUGCUGGGAAAGUUCAUGAGGAAGGUCUUUUUUGGACAGCUAAGGGCUGCAGAAAUGGAGCACCUCAUUGAGCGCUCCUGGUACGCGGUGACUGAGACGUGCCUGGCAUUCACUGUGUUCAGGGAUGACUUCUCCCCUCGCUUUGUCGCCCUCUUCACCCUCCUGCUCUUUCUUAAGUGCUUCCACUGGCUAGCUGAGGACCGGGUGGACUUUAUGGAACGGAGUCCUAACAUAUCCUGGGUUUUUCACUUGAGAGUAUUAUCUCUCAUGGGACUACUGGGUGUCCUGGACUUCCUGUUUGUCAACCAUGCUUGUCACAGCAUCAUUACCAGAGGAGCCUCUGUCCAGCUUGUUUUUGGAUUUGAGUAUGCCAUCCUGCUGACCAUGGUGCUGACGACCUUCAUCAAGUACGUCCUGCACACUGUUGACCUGCAGAGUGAGAAUCCCUGGGACAACAAGGCCGUCUAUAUGCUCUAUACUGAGCUCUUCACAGGUUUCAUCAAAGUGCUCCUGUACAUUGCCUUCAUGACCAUCAUGAUAAAGGUCCACACCUUCCCCCUGUUUGCCAUUCGCCCCAUGUAUCUGGCUAUGAGACAAUUCAAGAAAGCUGUAACAGACGCUAUAAUGUCUCGGAGAGCCAUCCGCAACAUGAAUACACUAUACCCUGAUGCAACUCCUGAAGAUCUGCAGGCUUCUGACAACGUUUGUAUCAUCUGUCGAGAGGAAAUGGUCACUGGAGCCAAGAAACUACCUUGUAAUCACAUUUUCCACUCCAGCUGCUUGCGCUCCUGGUUCCAGAGGCAGCAGACCUGUCCUACCUGUCGCAUGGACGUCCUCCGAGCUUCUAACAACAAUCAGACUCCUGCCCCAGCCCAGGCUCCGCCCCCUGCUCCAGCAGCCCCUGCCAACGCCCCCGCAGCCCCGCCUGCUAAUGUGGCUCCAGGCAUGUUACCAGGCUUUCCUCCUGGCAUCUUCCCCUUCUGGGGUCCCUUCCCUGCAGUGCCUCCUCCAGCUGCAGCAGCUGCAGCUCCUGGUGCUACUGAUGCACCACAGAGCAGCACAGAAGCUACGCAGGCAGCGGGUACCAGCCAACCCACAUCGUCUACUGCAGACACCUCUACAGCAGCAGCUGCUCCAGGAUCAGCAAUCCCAGGCUUCCCUUUCUCCUUCCCUCCUCCUCCCUUCCCCACUGCACCAUGGCUGCCUAUGCCGCCACCUCCUCCCUUUGUGUCGUCGAUGCCUCCCCCUCCUCCGUCUCUCUCCCGGAUGUCCGAGGAGGAGCUAAGGGAGCUGGAGGCAGAAGGUCGGCGGGGCCUCGAGGCCAGACUCCAGUGUCUCCAAAACAUCCACACCCUGCUGGACGCCGCCAUGCUCAACAUCCACCACUACCUCAGCACUGUCGCCACACUCACCCCUCCUCGGGCCGAGGGCAGCACUGGAGAAGCCAGUGGGACGAACCACACUGCUUCAGCCUCUGCAGCUGGCAGCAGCUCAGAGACCCCCAGCCAGGAGAAGGACUCUGCCAGCUUUGAUCAAGUGAGUGGUGCAACAGUCUCCUCUCAGCCCGCUGACUCCACCUCUGCUGCCUCAGACACGGAAAGAAAAGAAAUGAUGGAUGAUGGAGUGGUGGAGGACGAGGACGGAGAACCAAAUGCCGCUGAGCUGAGGCGCCGUCGCCUUCGUAAGCUGGAAUCGGCAACAUCAUCAUCGUCAUCAUCACCCCCUCCAGACAACUGAUCCAUGUAUUCUGACUCGGACAUAUCACUCUUGGACCAAUAGGAACUCUGAGCUGAUCGAUCUUUACUUUGGUUCUUCAUUGCGUCUCUUCCUCGUGGCUCUCGCCUUCCACAGGCUCAGGUUUCUAACUGUGUCGAAUUGGACUCAGGCUGCUGGGAGACGCAGUGAACUUCAGCGCUUAUCUGGACUGUUUCUGUCAGCAAUAGCGCGACUUUUUUGUUUUUUUCCCAUCACCUUCCCCCAAGAAUGGCUACUGCAAUAAGAGUACUGCAGGUGUUUCUCAGUUUAAUCAGGUGGAAGAGGAAUUCUCUUUUCAAACCCAGAUAUUUGGUCAAUGUGAGAGAGAUGGUUAUUUGGAUUUGUGUGUGCUAGUUUUACUGUCAGUGACAUCUUUGCCUGCACUUUGAUUUUUGUUUAAUUAAGCUGUCCUCAGUAUAAAGGUGGUCCCAUUCGCCACAUCAACAUGUUACAUAGAACCUGGAUCAGUGUCACAUCCAGUGAAUUCAAAUCAAGGGAACGUAAUCAUUUGCUUUUGCUUUUUUUUUUUUUUUUUUUUUUCCUUUAACAUGCAUCAUUCUUGUGUCUCCUGGUUUCUCCAUGUUGCCACUGCAGACGCUGUAACAUACUGAUUUAUUUGAAUGUGUACAUACUGUAUAGAGUUUUAAUAGGAUGAUCUGUACAUAAUGCAGAAUAAACUGUUUGACUGAAGUGGCAGUGGCACAACACACAUGUUAGUUUGUAUGUUCACAAACCGAUACCAGUGAGGUGGACUGUGUUAAAGUAAAGCUCAUAAACCGUGAGCCCUUUCCUGCAGGCUCUCUGUUGCAGCGCUUUAAUGUUGCCAUUGAAUUAAAGAUUGGCCUGUUUAAUUCAAACUCACCAUCACUCACUACAUACAAAUCUUCUUUUAGGUUAGGUUUCCAAGUUUACAUUUUUUUUUUUUUUUUCAAAUCUGAUAUUCAGUUUUCAAUUGUCAGUCAAAACUGUUGCUGUGCCACAACUGCCCACACACGACCAGAACUGUUAAGUAAAGCUCAGAUCUAAAACAAGUCAGGAGCCUUUCUCUUAAUACUACCUACUGAAGUUUUUUGAGGCUAUACUUUGCAGUGUUGUAAAAAAAAAAAAACUGCAUUAUCUUGAAAGGUGUUUAUAUUAUUCGAAUGACCCA